AUGUCCUGCUGUCUGUCCGUAGGCCUGAUCCGGAGCGGCGUCCGAGAGCCCCGCCGCCACCCUCCGGUGCUGCGCAUGGUGCUGGAGGCGCUGCAGGCGGGGGAGCAGCGCCGGGGUACCUCGGUGGCAGCCAUCAAGGUUUACAUCCUGCAGAAGUACCCGACAGUGAACGUCCUCCGGUUCAAGUACCUGCUGAAGCAGGCCUUGGCCACAGGCAUGCACCGCGGCCUCCUUGUCAGGCCCAUCAACUCCAAGGCCCGGGGAGCCACUGGCAGCUUCAAAUUAGUUCCCAAAGACAAAAGGAAAAUCCAGCCCAGGAAGACGUCCACCAUGACGGCCCCCAGGAGGCCUGGUCAAGCUGAGGGAAAGGACUCCAAGAAACCAACUGAGUCAAAGAAGAACCCACCCAACCCAGGCGAUGUGAAAAAAGGAUCCAGGAAGCCGGGAGAGGGGCGGACAGCUCCCCCCAAACCAGGUGCAGCCAAGAAGGCCCCCAAGAAAGGCCAGCAGACCAAGGACCAAGAGGCAAGACUGGGUGAGGCCAAGAAGUCCUCCCAACAGCCAGACAAGGCCACACAGGCCCCUCCCAUUGCCAGUGGGCCCAGCGGGAAGUCAGAGGUCAAAGGUGGAAGGAGCAGCCGAGCAGAUACCAAGGCCCACAGGAAAACAAAGCCUGGGAGUCAGAGUUCCAAACCCACGGUCACCAAGGGCGAGGAUGCUGCUGCUUCCCCAGCCAAAAAGAAGAUGGGCAGCAAGGUCCCUAAAAAGGCUGCUGCGCAGGGGGCCGGGGAGGGGCCUAAAGCCAAGGCCCCUGUUCCUCCCAAGGGCAGUGGGUCCAAGAUGGAGCCUGUACCACUGGCCAGGAAGGCAGAGGCCCCUAAAGGCCCGAGAAAGCCUGGCAUUCCCACCAAGUCCUCUGCGUCCAAAGCGGCCAGUAAGAAGGCAGAAGCCGAGAACUAGAGGCGGGGUGGAGACAGACUGAGAUUCUACUUUUUUAUUCCCCUAAAAACUAUCACUCUAUUUCACUGUAACCUAUUUAUCAAUAAAGACUUUUCCCCCCACAAAUUGGUGUGGAAGGAGGCUGAGGUCUAAGGAUUUGGCCAUCCAGGGCUAGGACCCAGAUAGAAGCUUCUGCCCUGGGGAGAUGCAGACCGCUGCAGGGAUCCAAAGUCACCUAGGCACCCGUGGAGGCACUGGAAAGGUGUUUAAUGCAGCCUGAGAUCUGGGACUGCUUCCUGGAGGGGGCAGCUUUUGGUUUUAAAGGAUGAGUAGGAAUUGCCAGAUAGAUGAGGGGAAGGGCCUUGCAGGCAGAGGGCCCAGAAUGUGGGGUGGAGCUGGGAGGAUGGGGAUUUGUGGUUUUGAGAGGAGAACAGGUGGGGGAGGGGUGGCA